CGGGGACUCUUGCUGUAACCACUGGACCGUUCUACCUGUCCAGCAGCAGCCCCGCCGGGUGCGACUAAAGGGGCUCUGGCAGGGGGUCUGCAGCGAUGCCCAGGAGCGCCAGGGCUUGUCUGCCCCAGGGCCGCCCCCCCGGCGCGAUGGAGAUCCCCAUGCUGGCCCCCAUCUGCCUGGUGGAGAACAGCCCGGCGGGGGAGCUGCGGGCGCAGCAGGAGGCGCUGCGGGUGCUGGCGGAGAUCUCCCAGCCCGUGGCGGUGGUGGCCAUCGCCGGGCUGUACCGCACCGGCAAGUCCUACCUCCUGAAUCGACUGGCCGGCAAGAGAACAGGGUUCUCGCUGGGCUCCACCAUCCAGUCGCACACGAAGGGCAUCUGGAUGUGGUGCCUGCCCCACCCCCGCCGGGCCGGCCACACCCUGGUGCUGCUGGACACCGAGGGGCUGGGCGACGUGGAGAAGGGCAACACGAAGAACGACACGUGGAUCUUCGCCCUGGCCGUGCCGCUCAGCAGCACCCUGGUCUAUAACAGCCAGGGCACCAUCAGCCAGCAGGCCAUGGACCAGCUGCACUACGUGACGGAGCUGACGGAGUGCAUCAAGGUGAAGGCGGCAGGCGAGGGCGGCCGGCAGGAGCGGGAGGAUUCGGCCGAGUUCGUGCGGUUCUUCCCGGCCUUCGUGUGGGCCGUGCGGGAUUUCACGCUGCAGCUGGAGCUGGACGGGCGGGAGAUCACCGAGGACGAAUACCUGGAGAACGGCCUGAAACUAAAGCCAGGCAGCAGCCGGCGAGCCCAGCUCUACAACCUGCCCCGCGAGUGCAUCCGCCAGUUCUUCCCGGCCCGGAAAUGCUUCGUCUUCGUCCAGCCGGCCGGCAGGAGGGACCUGCCCCGGCUGGAGGAGCUGCAGGAGGACGAGCUGGAGCCCGAGUUCCGGGAGCAGGUGGCCCGGUUCUGCCACCACAUCUGGGAGACGUCGAAGCCCAAGACCAUCCCAGGCGGCCACGUGUGACCGGGGCCAGUGAUGCUGGGGACCCUGGCGGUGACCUACGUCGACGCCAUCCGCAGCGGGGCGGUGCCCUGCAUGGAGAGCGCGGUGCUGGCCCUGGCGCAGAUCGAGAACUCGGCGGCGGUGGGGGAGGCCGUGGCUGUCUACGAGGAGCAGCUGGCGCAGCAGGCGGCGCUGCCCACGGAGAGCGUGCAGGAGCUGCUGGAGCUGCACGCCCAGUGCGAGCGGGAGGCGCUGCGGGCGUUCAUGGCGCGCGCCUUCAAGGACGACGACCGCAGCUUCCAAGGGGAGCUCAUGCGCCGCCUGGAGGAGCAGAAGCAGGAGCUCUGCCGGCGCAAUGAGCUGGCGUCGUUGGAUCGCUGCACGGCCACCCUGCUGGAGCUGUGGGACGAGCUGGAGCAGAAACUCAGCGCCGGGCGUUACUCCCAGCCCAGCGGGUACCAGGCCUACGACAGGGACCAGAACCGAGCGGUGGAGGACUACAGGGCGAAGCCCAACAAAGGGGUCACGGCGGAGGAGACUCUGGAGCAGUUCCUGGCCAGUAAGAAGGCGGAGGCAGAGGCCGUGCUGAAAGCCGACAUCCUGCUGACUGAGGCGGAGAAGCACGUGGCUGAGGAGAAGCAGAAGGCUGAGCUGCUGGAGCAGCAGCGGAAGGCGGCGGAGGAGAAGCGGCUGCAGACGGAGCAGCUGAUGAAGGACCAGGAGCGCAGCCACCAGGAGAACGUGAAGCAGCUGGAGGCCAAGGUGGCAGAGGAGCUGGCCAGUGCCCGGCAGGAGGCGGAGCGGGCCCUGGAGAGCAAGCUGAAGGAGCAGGAGGCCAUGCUGCAGAAGGGCUUCGCGGAGAAAGCCAGGCUGAUGGAGGACGAGAUCUCGGGCCUCAAGCGGGAGAUCAGCUCUGCCAGCAAAACUGACUUUCUGUCAGGCCUUUUCAGCACCAUCAAGGAGGGGCUGAGAACCGUUGCCAGCGUGUCCGAUUUUCUGACAUCCAGGCGCCAGCAGGGGAAGGGGACGAGUAACCUGAGUAAAACCCAGAGACGAAAGUAGCCGGGCCCCUGUGGGGUCCUCCCUGGCGGCAAGUCCCCCAAACGCUGCUUCCCUUUAGAAUCAAAAGCUUCUGCUGACUAAUUCCUGCGAUCUGCCAGCCCCCACAGCUACUAACACGGCCUGGAGCUGUCUGCAAAAGGAAAUCACCGGACGCCUGGGUUCUGUCCUCUGCUGUGAGAGGGGAGCAGGGUCUAGUGGUCAGAGUGGGUGGGCUGGGAGCCAGGAUGUCUGGGUUCUCUCCCCACCUCCUACACUGUAAUUCUGUGUAACGUUGUGCUCACUGUUCUGUGCCUCAGUUUCCACUCUGUGAAAUGGGGACCUUCCCUCUGGGUGGGGAGGACGAAGCGUUGUUUGUCUGUUAGGUGCUGAGCGGAUGGUGCUAUCCACAUGCACAGUGGUAACACGGGGAUCUCCAGCGAAUGGCUCCAAUUUCCCUCUCUGCCCCUAUAUCUGUGUAAAUGCAACCCCACUCCCAGGGCUCUCCCCGCUGUCGGCGCUGGAAUGGGGCUGCCGGGUGUCUAGGGAGAGGCAGCUGUGGGGAUGUCUCCUUUCCCCAGCUCAGCAUGCUGAAAGCUAGGUCAUUAUCCCCCCGGCUGUAACGGGAGCUGCUGGCACGUGGCUACAAGCUCUCCAAUGCCUGUAUCUCCCUGCGCCGGAAGACUCUGCGCCCUGCAGCCUGGGUAUGAAUUAAACAGGUUUGCAUCAGCUGGA